AUGAGAGAUAAAACCGCGGUAGUAAACGGUGACACUCGCCCACCCGGGGCUGUAUCAUUCUUUGAUCCAUCUCUCAAGGAGGUUCGACAGCGGGUAUUCUACCAAUGGGCUCGCACUUUGUUAAUUUUGUGCGUUUUUGCGUUCGGUGUGCUAUCUCUCUUCUGGGGAGUCCAAUACGGCACGGAAGCCAAGUACCCAGCGUUGAAGAUCUGGAUUGUCGAUUUCGACGGCACAGUUGAUCCAUAUCGCUCCAAUGACACCAUCGUUGGCCCGGCAGUUACGGAUGUUACCAACAAAAUUUUGCAGUCCGACGGCCUUCACCUCGGUUAUACUAUCAAAUCUCCCGCUGACUUCAACUAUGACCCUUCCGCUGUGCGCCAGGCCAUUUACCGUGAACGUGCCUAUGCAGCAGUAAUAAUCAAGCCCAAUGCGACAAAGCUACUUCAGGAUGCAGUCACGGAUGGCAAUACAAACUACGAUCCAACCGGUGCCAUUGAGACAGUGAUCAUAUCUGCGCGGGAUGAAACCACCUACUUCAACUAUAUCCUGCCCGAUCUGGCCACCUUACAGGGCAAGGUGCUAUCGGAUUUCGGUCCACAAUGGGUCCGCUCUCUCACCUCAUCCACCAGCAACCUGUCGUCCGUGCCUCCGCAGGUGAUCAACCCGGGCAUUGGGUUCACGACCGUCGACCUACGUCCUUUUGCCCCAGUUGUUGCCGCGCCUGCCGUGACCAUCGGGUUAAUCUAUUUGAUUAUCAUUGCCUUCUUCAACUUUCCAUUUAUGAUGCCUAUUCAUGCCCAGUUCAUGAAACCGAAUGGCCAUCCGCCGCUCAAGUUGCCACACUGGCUCAUUUGGCGCAUUCUCUCGAGUAUUGUGGCUUACUUCUUUCUUUCACUGUGCUACUCACUCGUGUCUCUGGCUUUCAAGAUACCGUUCAGCAAUGACCCUGCGUCGGAGGUCCUGCCCGCAACCAAUGCCAAUGCCUAUGGUCGUGGCUCAUUUGUCGUAUUUUGGAUGCUGAACUGGGUUGGCAUGGCUGCUUUGGGAUUCCCCUGUGAGAACAUGGCUAUGGUUCUUGGCUUCCCAUGGAGUGCGUUAUUUCUUAUCUUUUGGGUUAUCACGAAUGUUGCAACGGGGUUCUAUGCCAUUGAUUUAGCUCCGAAGUUCUACAGAUGGGGGUAUGCAUGGCCAUUACAUCGAAUUGUCGAUGCUCUGCGAACCAUAAUUUUCGAUGUCCAUUCGCGCAUUGGGUUGGACUUUGCUAUAUUGUUCAUUUGGAUUGCAAUAUCCUUAGCCUUUUACCCUUUCGCGGCCUUCAUCAUGCGGUGGAAGAUGAAGCGGGGGAUUUAA